UAAUGCAUCUUUUCCCACAUAUUCCCAUAUGGGUCACUUAUAUGUCAUCAAGAUUCUUAAAUUGCAAACAUAGAAAUGACCAACAAUUAUGGAACAAUGGCGCCUAAUAUUUCAAACAAAAGUACUAGAGAAAGGUUGUUGUCUCAAAAGAGUUUCUCGGAACUAGGACUUUUUACUGAAUCCAGUAGCAGCAUAAACAACGAUGAACCAUUGUUACUUGAUGGAAUUAAGAAAUGGUGCAAGGAUUUUCAGAUGUUCCUUAUCAACGCGUAUGAAAUGGGUCGCUCUGAUCCCAAAAAGGUCAUCUUUGCCGCUAAAUCGGGCUUGGCUAUUGCUAUUGUUUCUGUACUGUUAUUCUUUUCAAAACCCCUUCGUUAUGUUGGCGAAAAUAUUCUCUGGGCAAUCCUCACAGUAGUCCUCAUUUUUGAGUUCAGCGUAGGAGCAACGCUUAGCAAAGGAUUUAAUCGUGCUUUAGGGACGUUUUCAGCUGGAAUUCUUGCGUUAGGUAUUGCUCAAGUAUCUGUGUGGUCCGGGGAUUGGCAAGAGGUUGUGAUUGUGGUCAGCAUCUUUAUAGCAGGUUCUGUUUCAAGUUAUGUGAAACUUUACCCAUCCAUGAAGGCAUAUGAAUAUGGGUUUAGGGUCUUUAUGUUGACCUUCUGUAUAGUGCUUGUUUCGGGUACUUCACAUUUUGUUGAAACAGCUGUUUCUCGUCUGUUGUUAAUUGGAGUAGGGGCAGGUGUGUGUUUGAUUGUAAGUGUAUGUGUUUAUCCAAUUUGGGCUGGUGAAGAUCUGCAUAAAUUAGUUGUGAAGAAUUUUAGGGGCGUUGCUACUUCUUUAGAAGGGUGUGUUAAUAAUUAUAUUCAACAUUUUGGAUACGAAAGAAUACCUUCUAAGAUACUUGUAUAUCAAGCUUCUGAUGAUCCUUUAUAUAGUGGAUAUAGAUCAGCAGUACAGUCUAGUAGUCAAGAAGAUGCUCUGAUGGCGUUUGCGGUUUGGGAACCGCCUCAUGGACGUUACAAAAUGUUGAAAUAUCCGUGGAGUAAUUUUGUCAAAGUUAGUGGUGCACUCAGGCAUUGUGCUUUUAUGGUCAUGGCGAUGCAUGGUUGUAUACUUGCAGAAAUACAGGCACCACCAGAACUAAGAAACAUGUUCAAAAAUGAGAUACAAAAAGUUGGUACUGAAGCCUCGAAAAUAUUACGUGAACUAGGAAGCAAAGUGGAAAAGAUGGAAAAAUUAAGUCCGGAUGUCGACUUGCUUGAAAUGGUACAUGAGGCUGCGGAGGAGUUACAAAUGAGGAUUGACCAAAAAUCUUACCAUCUAGUCAACUCGGAAAAAUGGGCAGCAGGAAAACAACCAAAAGACUUUGAAGAUGCUGAGCGUCUUCAAGAACUAAAAGAAGAAGAAAUCAAACCAAAUGUUAUUAACUCUUUAAGUGAAGCAAACCUAAAACCACCACUUCCACCCAACAAAGGUUUAGAACGCCAUAUUACAACUUUGUCAAACCAUCCUUCAAUGGUGCACUGGGGUUCAUCUGAAGAUAUGCUAAAACAUCAAACACAUUGGCCUUCACGGCUCUCAAUACUUGGUGACCAAAUAUUAAAUGUCCGUGAAGUAAAGACGUAUGAAAGUGCAAGUGCGUUAUCUCUUGCUACUUUUACUUCUUUAUUGAUCGAGUUCGUUGCAAGGCUUCAAAAUCUUGUGACUGCGUUUGAAGAACUUAGUGAGAAUGCAAAGUUUUCUGAACCUCCGAACCCUCUUGAAGCAAAGGAGGUUCUGAGUCUUUGGACUAGAUUUCUCAAGUGCAUUUGCAUCGAGUGAACGUUUUAAGGUCUGGGUUUUUAUACACAUUUUUGAAGAAUUCAUAUCUCUGGUUUUUUGGUGCAUGUUUAUGCUGUGUUGAGUAUUGUGUAUCCUGUAUUGUAGAAAUGAAGAUACAGUGGGAGAAAUGGACCUAUUUUGUUACUUGUAUAUUCGAUUUUUUUGUAAACAUUAUAGUUUAUUUUGCCAGAAUGGCACUCUAAACUCCAUAAAGGUAUUUGUAUUUGCUUUA